AUCGAUACUUCCUUCCAGUCCUGAAGUGUUGUUGGUAGUGUAUGUUUCUUAUGGAUGUAAAUAACCGGUUAUUUGAAUUUAUUUAUUAAAGAAAAUGAAUGUGUGGUGCAGUCUAAGAAGCAUUAAAUUUUCACUUCUGUUCCAUCUAUUAGUCUGUUACUUCUUUUACAACCCAACAGAUAGUGGGGCAGUGCAGCUUACACAAAGUAACUUGGACACAAUAUUAGCUUCAAAUGAAUUGGUACUUAUCAAUUUUUAUGCGGACUGGUGCCGAUUCAGUAACAUGCUGGCACCAGUCUUUGAUGAUGCUGCUGACAAAGUCGCAGCUGAGUUUCCGGUGUCCGGCCAAGUCGUCAUGGCAAAGGUAGACUGUGACAAAGAAGGUUCAAUUGCUACAAGGUUUCACAUAACUAAAUAUCCUACCUUAAAAGUAUUUCGAAAUGGUCAGUCCACAAAACGAGAAUAUCGAGGCCAGAGGUCAGCAGAAGCAUUUCUGUCAUUUAUCCAGAAACAACUGGCAGAUCCUAUAAGGGAAUUUGCAGACCUGAAAGAAUUGAAGGAACUUGAUGAUACAAAACGAACAGUUAUUGGAUACUUUGAUCAAAAGGAUGUACCAGAAUAUAAUGUGUUCAGAAAAGUUGCUACAGGUCUUAAGGAAGAUUGCCAAUUUGUUGUUGGAUUUGGAGCCGCAAGCGCACAGAUGCAUCCACAGGGCCAACCAAUUGUGGUAUUCCGUGCCGACAAGGCUCGGUCCAACGACCAGGAUGAGACGUUCGUCGGAAACCUAAAUGCAUACGACGAGCUCAACACUUGGGUCACGGAGAAAUGCGUGCCACUGGUCAGGGAGAUAACGUUCGAGAACGCUGAGGAAUUAACAGAAGAGGGCCUGCCAUUUCUUAUACUUUUUCAUAAACCAGAUGACAAUGAGAGUGUAAAGAAAUUCAAGUAUCUUGUAACAAACGAACUCCUCUCAGAGAAAAAGAGUGUCAACUUCUUAACAGCAGAUGGUGUAAGAUUUGCCCAUCCACUCCAUCACCUUGGGAAGAGUCAGAGUGAUUUGCCGCUGAUUGCCAUCGACAGUUUUCGUCACAUGUACCUGUUUCCGGACGUAAAAGAUAUGGAGGUUCCGGGGAAGCUUAAGAGUUUCCUGCAGGACUUGUACUCUGGGAAACUGCACAGAGAGUUCCAUUAUGGACCCGAACCAGUUACAAAUACACCCAAUGAGAUUGAAGGUGGCAAUAAGAAACCGACCACGCCACCGGAAUCUACUUUUAAGAAACUGGCACCGUCGAAAAAUCGGUACACGCUGCUCAGAGACGAGCUAUAGACGCCGAAGUUUGUAGUCCGCCAGAUUAAGUUGUUGGAUUUAUUAUUGAGAUAAAUUUAAUAUAAAAUUUUGGUAAGAGGUGUGCUUUCUUUAGUAACUUACGGCAUUUAAAGUAAUGUCAUUUGUCUUUAAUUACUCAGUGAAUUGAUGACAAAACAAAAAUACCUUCAGUGCAGGUUGGCUGUUGUAUCAUUAUUAUUGAACAUCCAUUAUUUUUUCCUUUGAGGUUUGAUCCGUGCACAAACUGAAGCGUUUUCUGCCCUGGCAACUGAAUUACAUGCUUAAUUUGUUCACAUUUUCCUGAAUUUGUGUUCUUAUGUGUUCCUUUCAAAAUACCUAGUCCUUAUUCCUGCUAACCCUAAUUUUUGAGGUAAUUUAAUACAAUUUAGAAUUCACAUGCCAGGUUGGUGCAGGUUCUCUGCACGUUUGAUUUCAGGAUGAAGAUUUGUGUAGUGUUUGUGUUACUGAAAUGCCUAAGGCAUGUAUAUAUAACAGAUUGUUACGUUUUUAAAGCUGAUCAGCUGCGGACUUUCCGUACGUCACGCGCCCGCUGAAAAUAACACUAAAGGUGUAGUUCAUGUUUAAUAUAAAAUCUAAAUUCUGCUUUGUUAGGCGAGAAUCUGUCAACAUUUAUUUGGAAAGCUGGAAGUUCUGUGUUACAUCUGCAAGGUAAUGUGAUAAUAUGAUAUAUAAUGAAUGUAUAAAUGGAGCGGGAGAGUAAUGGUGUGCGUUGCUUGGCGAUAGACUGUCACGCGAGAGUUGUAGCAAGAUUUUUUUACUGUGUGUUGUAUUUAGGAUUCUUCUAGUACUGCUUACAUUUAUGAAGAUAUAAUUUUUUUGUAAUUAUAUUAUCUCUUCCUGUGGCGACAAGUUCUGUCUUCUACAAGAUUUUGAAAAUUCCUAUUCCUUUUCAUACCUACGAGAUGUUGAAAAUUUCAUGCUGGAUUGAAACUAUUUUCUGUCAGUGAUCCAGGCCUAACAACGUGACCUUUGUACAUAAUAUGAAAUAGGAUUAUGUUUCAUUACACCAGGAAAAGUUAAGGAUACUAGGGGAACAAGUACCAAUCUAGAUGUGUGUUUCUGCGUCCUCGGACUUAAGAGUAGUCAGAUGACUGCCGUAGGUGAAUUUUAAUUCUAACCCAGAAGUGAGACAUUGGCUGUAGUGUACAGUCCUGCUACGUUGGCUUGUAAACUUUUUGGAUAUGCUUGUGCUGUAACUUAUGUAUUAAAUUCUUCCUUAUGGUAGAGGGAAGAUUUUUCAAAUGUCAGAAGACUUACCUUCUUCUCUCAAGUUGAGUCGGAAAGAAGAAAUUUCAUUUGAGCUAUGAGAUGCGUUGAGAUUUGUGUUACUGUCUGUAUUCUGUAAACAGAAAGAGAAAUUAAUUAUUUUUGUACAUUGGUUUGUACACUUGCCUAAUGAAAGUGAAUAUGACGAGCUAGAAUAUUGGUUUUCCAUUCAGAGGGACUGUGAUGUCCAAACAAUCCAGUUUUAUUUUGACUUAUUUGGGUUUUGUGAUAAUUCAUUGCUGAAGUAAAACAAAAUGUAGAGGAUCCAUCUGACACGGUAUAUUUUAUUUGCUAUCAAAAUUAUUACUAGGUCAACAUGUUUCAACCCCACAGAGGCAUCCUUGGAGUAGCCUCUGUGAGGUCAAAAUGUAUUGUCCUAAUAAUAUAUUUGAUUGUGAAUAAAAUAUAUUGUGUAAGACAAGACAUCUACCUUGUGUAUAACUUGUUGACUGCCACAAUAGGAUGCAUAAAAUGGUUACUGGAAUUACAUUCUGUCAAGAGAAGAAUGUUUCGGCUCUUAGAAUUAUUUGGGAAUAUAAGAACAGUCGAUCUGAAUUUUGAAACAUUUUGAGAGACCUCAGAAAUGUUUGUCUGCUGCACAAUAAAUAAAUUCUGAAUUUUGUAAGUACUUUGUUUACAGUUGUCUUGGAUCACACAUUAGUGUGUCUGGAAGCAGUGGGUAAAGGUCAGUAAUUUAAGUGUACACUCGUGUUUAUAUUGCAAAUAAGAAAAUUAAGUGACAGUUACCUUGAAAAGUAUUGCACGAAUCCUAAUUCUGAACUGGUGUAGAUAAUGCUGAUAGAACUUAUAUUCACAGAUACUGUGCUAAACAUUUUGUGUAAACAGAACAACAAGUAUCAUGGACAGUAGAGAUUAAAUGUUACACUUUGUGUUAAAAGCAAGGUGCGAAGAUUACUUAAUUUGAGGAGAGGAAAGGUAUUUCUGAACCAAGUAUGAUUUCGGGUAAAUUUUUUAAACCUGUAAUGAUUUUCCACAUAUAAGUCGAGAGAAUAUAUACUAUGUUACUAACUUCUGAUUAUCUGUGAAUAAGGACAUAUGACAGCAGUAUAGUUAACUGAAUAAAGUUGUGAUAGAUUCAUUUUAUGUAUGAUUUUUAGUGUAGUCAAGACAUUUUAAAUUGUAUAAGAUUUUGUUAAGCUGGUUUACAGGAAAAGGAGAAAGUUAUGUUUGAAGUUGGGUGGUAAAAGAAAAUGAGCAAUGCUCACAUCACACAGAAAAUCUUACACAGAUACUGGUACCGUUAAUAUUUCUCAGUUAGAAAUUAUACAUUAGAAGUCAUUCAGGAUUGCCAUUUCUUUAUUUUAUCCCUUCUACUUUUCCCCAUGAUAAUUUUCAGCACACAGGACAAAGUUUGCCUACAAGAAAGAUCAGGUAUUAAAGAUUAAUAUACGUUGGGAAUUACAAAGUAACUAAUUAUCUUAUUAAAAACUGUAGAUUGCAACACCACUAACAUGAGGCAUGUCACUGGACCACAUCCCAUGCCAGUUCUGUUAACUGCACAGUUAAGUAACUUAACAGAAUGUAGUACAUAGUUUUAAAAUGUGCACAGUGAUUGUAACGUUGCUUACCACAAAGGAGUGUAUAAAGAAAUUAUUUGUAGUGAGUUUCUAAGUCCAGAUUAAGAAUUUGCUUCUGUUUUUUUUAUUUGUGCUCGUAAAGAACCAUUUUCUCUCCUUCGCUCACUUAAUUGUAUAUUGGAAUACAUUUCCUGUAGACUUAUAAGCCAGUUCAGUUAAUGAUGAAGUUGUGGCUUUUUUUUGUAUAAUGUGAGUUAAUUUGGAUUUCUAUAAUGUCAUAUUGAUCAUCCUAUAUUAAUUUUAUUUUUGUUUUAAUUUAUAGUAAUGUCAUUUUAUUCAGUGUUUAUGCAUAUUACAAAUUUCUUUAUUUUAUUCACAUCUUAUAUUUAGUCUGAGGAUAAGAGCUUAUGUACCUUAAUCAUCAAAAAAUUUAAAUUUGGUUAGUGACUACACACAAGACUCUUACUGAAAAUAUUAUGGUUUUCAGAAUUGUUAGAAUGUUUAUGAUUGUGGAUUAUGAGUUAAUGAAUAUGGGUUUUAAAGUAGUAAUGCCCAUUUCAAAAGAAGCAGAAUUUUGAUGGUGACAGUUGCUGUAUUUUGAUUAGUGUGACUCAGACCGAUGAACUUUGCACAGAAUUUAUGUCCGUGUGUGCUGAGGUAAUUUAAUAUCACAGGUGAGAUUCAGUCAGUGGGACAGGCGAAGCACAUUGAAGGGACCAAGAUUUAUGUAUCAAGAAUUCAAGUAUUUGAUGAAAACACAGUAUUCUUUAAUGUCGCCUAGUUUCAGAUUAGCGUUUUCUCUGCUUCUGUAAACAAAAAUAAUGGAAACAUACAUUCCAUCAGAGUCUAUAGUUUUGAAAUGUGUUCUCUGUGUUUUUGCCAGUAAUUUCUGUUUUAUACCAAUGUCCACAAUAAUUCUGUAAUUGAUAUAAUUUGUGGACCAGGUAGUUAGAUUUUCAGAAAUUUCUCAAACACCAUAAAUAGCAAAAUAUAUUGUGUGUUACAAGUAAAAAUGGCUUACAUAGGCCUUUAACAUUUUAUUUUUUCAAGAUAUUCGUAUUUUUCUUAUUGAUGCUCUGAAAGAGAACAAAAUUUUUCUGCAAUUUUGCAUUUACUAAGUACAAAUAAUGCAAACAAAUAUUUAAUCUUACUAAUUUGCUCUGUCUCUUGUAAAGUAAUGGAUGUAAAGAAACAUGAAGUUUGUAGUAAACAUUACAGCAAUACAACUGAUAAACAGAAAUAUAACUGUAAUAUAUAUCAGUUCUGAACUGAACAUCUUGCAAACAUGGAUUUAUAUUGUCAGCAUACCAUAAUUAUAAAUGCCUGAAUCUCGUAUUGAUCUUUUUUUAAAUCCAGGUAUGUUUACUUGUGUGUGUGUGUGUGUGUAAUUACAAAAAUGUUGAGUUUCUAGCUGUUAAUAUUGAUAAGUAGUAUAGAAAAGUUUAAAAUUUAAGUAAAGUGAAAACUUGACAAUGAUUGAAGGAAAACUACAUACUCGGAUUUUGGAAAUGAGGAAGCAUACCAAAGUAUUUGUAGGUUAUGGAUUAAAAUUUUCCACUAGUUAAAUGAGAACAGAUAAUCAGAAGUUUACUUUAGAAUAUGAAAAAAAUGUGUUUAAAACUUUGAUUUGUCUUUUUAUUCUUUAGUUUUUUGACAUUUUUUCCUUGUCCAGCUUUCCUUAACUUCGCAGGAUAGACAACAAUUGUAUCUUGCCACUGAUUUUUUAUACAGAACUCUUAGAAUAAGAUGUGAGGGACAUCAGGCACAGUGAAGUGCUUAUUUAACUUGCCUUUUGGGAUUAUUAAAUUUGAAUACUAAGCAGAGGAAAACCUUAAAACAGAUGAAAUUGACUUUCGGACAUGCAGAUUUAACACCGUUUAAGGGAACUACGUAAACUUGAGUCACACUAAAUGCUGGUUCCACUGUAUAAUGAAUUUUGGUAUCAGUAUUAAAUACACUUAUUUCUCCAUGGUAAUGGAUGUUGGAGAAUAUAUGAAUAACAAAUAAACACCACCUUCAUUGUAAUACAUGUUUCACAUAAAUGUUAACAUUUCAAUGGAAUUGUGAUUGUGGUUUAUAACGUAACAUCUUUCAGACUGGAUGCCCAGAUUCAUUUCUUGGUUGAGGCUUCAGUGAAUAUAUCUAUCACUGCCAUGUUCAGAAUUGUGCAAGAUAUUGGAGACUGAAAGAAUUUGCACUUCUAGAGCCAAGUGGCAACAUAAUGAUCAGCCACAGAGAUGGGCCAUCACUGUGUACACAUGCUAGUGUGUCUUCACAGUUUAAUGCUUUUAAUAACGGUUCCUUUCUUCUUAUUUUAUGAUGGGAAGUAAAAUAUCUUACUUGUCUUCAAUAUCCUAUUAUGUCUAUGCUUAUGUGUAUUUCAUUUGUAUGCUUUAUUUGAUGUACAGAGAUAAUUUUCACACAAAUAACUUGUGAUUCAGUUUUCUGUUGCGUGAAACUUUCAUCCAAUUAAAAAUGUACACCAUUUUUUAUUAUUAUAGUGACAUGUUUGUUGGAAUAUUUGAAACAUGAUGCUAUAGUAUAAAAUGUUGUGUUCUGACAUAAAUAUAUAUUGAGACUUGGGUGUAAAUAUAUAACAUUUUCUUUAAUUGAAUAUUGAUAUGAAAGUUUGAAUGAUUAUGUAGAAUUUGAGGUUAAGUCUUAAGAUGGCUGCCUUUUGAGUUGUUGUGCCAUGUAGUCUGGAAGAAGUUUUCCAACGUUCAUCGCCCUGAUGAUGGAAGUAGCAAGGACCUCUGAAUAGUAAGUAAACUUCUACCAGACUACACGGUGCAACAACCCAGAAGAUAUUUUAUUGAUUAUUUACCGUGUGAGUGGGUCAUUCCUCUUGAAUGUAAAUUUGUCUUCUAGACCAGUGUUAUUUCAUGCUGUCUGCAGACUGGGAUCUGGUAACAAAACAAAACAGGUCCAUAAAAGAUAGCGGUAAAAAAUAUUACUUAAAAUGUUGAAUUGAAACUGCAUCUUUUUACAAUAAAGUGUUGGUAGUUCAGAAUUAUUGUUUUACAAUUAUAUUAGCAGAGAAAUCCAACAGAUAUUCCCCCAUUGUUCACUUUGAAGGCAUCACCAUCUUGAAAAGCAAUCAAAAUGCAUGAUAUUAAUGUCUUGUCUUGUAUUACACAUGUUAGGUGAUAGUCAAUUUGUGAAUAUUUUGUAAUUUUUAAUAUUGGAAGUUAUGAGAUGUCUGGUACAUUUAUUUGUAUUAGGCUUGCCGAUACAGUUUGCCAGUCUGCAGUUUAAUAUAUUACAGACAACAUUAAUCUCUGAUUUUUGAAGUUGGGAAAACAUUGGUCUAGACCAAACUUUAACAUUGUGAUACUAUUUAUCUCGUGGGAAGGUAGCCGACGUCUGUUGGAAAUAAUGUUUGUAAGCAUUUCCAAAGUAACUUACUAUUUGUCAUUGAUGUGAAAAUGUUGCCAGAGAACAGAAGUGUAAAUCUCCCUUUAUUCCUCAGACAAAUGUAAUAAAAUUGUCACACAUGACUUGCUGAUCAGAUGUUAUAGUCGGCACAGUAGUUUUUGGCCGGUGGAGAAGCUAGGGGAGCUGGUGGGUGGGCCUACUCUGUGUACCUGAGGUGGCACGGUCAGUGUAUUUCUUUUGUUUGGGCGUUCAGUCCGAUAAGCUCCUCGGUGCAGUCAGCAUUAUACUAUCGCACAAAUGACUCGCUCCUUGCCUUCCCCUUGAAAAUUCCACUGGCCAAAAACUACUGUGCUGACUAUACUAAUUAAUUAAUGAUAGUUGUGUUUUUGGGUAUUAUGUGAUAGACAAGUCAAUAUUUCAUGCUUCUUACAUUCUGUUUGGUUGCACUGUUGGAAGAUGCACAGCUGAAAAGGAUUUCAAUAGUACAUUAUCUCUGCAGUAUUUCCAUGUGAUUUAUUUUCUUUCUUGUGAAUAAUACCAACUUUAGUGUGUAUUUGUGAAUACAGUUCAGUUAAUAGAUGUCAGUUUUCUAAGUAUUUCAGAGCUGGUAUUGUCUGAAUAUCUUUUAAUUCUUGUGUGACAAAAGUGAUACCAGAUCUGACAGAAUUAAUACUAAUGUGCUUAAAGUAAUGGAGUUUUCAAAAAACGUUUUCAGGAAGAAAGGGAACAUAUAUUCCAUCAUUUUUGUAAAUAAAUGUACUGUGAAUAUUCCAA